AUGUUCAGAAGACGCUAUCUUUUUUGCCUAAAGCCCAAGUUGCAGCUCCUCAAGGAUCUGGGACUGGAAGACUAUUCGAUGUUGGUGUGCUUGGAGCCGAUGCCUGAGACUGUGGAGCCUACCCGGGUCCGUGAUGGGUGGCUUGUCGGGAAUACGGCCAUGGGAAAGAAUUAUGCCAUCAGAGUCGGGCUCAUCGACAUACUGCUCGAAGGUGACGACUCGGAAGCUGAUCGUACUGCACUGCUGGCAGCCAUCGAUGCCUACAUUUUCCCGAUUGACGUCCACGCUUCCUUCCGGAAGCUUUCCAUCCACGCCAGCGAUGGCAGCAAGUCGCAAGCGCCGUCGGGCAGCGGCAAGAGGUCGCGCCGUCGCGAUAAGAAAAAGAACAAGAAGGCGCCGAUCGAGACCGCUAUG